UUUCCGUUGUUAAGGAUAACAAACACGAAUAUGAAAAUGGAUCGUAUAGCUUUUUCUUAGUGUUUAUUUCUUCAUUUUAUAGUACUACUUUAUAGUAUUGUCAUGAGUUUGAGUGCUUUCCAAAAUCUUCCCCGGAAUUCACUUACUGAGGCUAAACUUAGAAAAUUAAUUCAACUGAAAGAAUAUGCUUUUUUGAAACGGAUCGAGGCUCUCAAGUUAUUGUCAAAUGAACAGAUUUUACUACCCACAGUGAAAAAUUCACUACCAACUUCUGACAUUGCAGAUAAAAAGCAUUUAGAAAAUAAAAAUUUUAACACCAAAGAUCCCGAAUCUGAUGAAGUUAUACAGAUCAGUCUCAAAAAUCCAAAAGCUUCAAGAAGUCGCACAGAGAGUAAGGAAAACUAUCAAAACCUCCCUACAACCUGCAAUGUAUUUUCUAAACUGACCAAAAGAAAAAAGAAAGACUCCUAUAGCAGUCAGUGUGAAGAUUUAACAGCCUUGUGCUCCGGGAUUACUAUCGUAGAUAAAAAUACUACAAGUGAAAAGAAGACACUGUGCAAUCCUCAAACAAAACCACCAAUAGACAGAUUGUCUGCCGCAAGACUGAGCUUAAAUAGUGCUGCAGUGGAAUAUGGCAAAAAAUCAACAGCUGCCGUGGAGAAAGCACACAACAGAAGGUUUAUGGGAAAAGAUGAUGCUAGGUCAACUAAGGUGUACCUUUCUGAAAAGCAAUCAGGGAUUUUAUCUGAUUGUGGCAUGACAGUUCCUUGUGCACCACCGGCCACUCCAACAACAGAGCAGCUGAAAAAAAUUGAAUAUAUUCCUUCAUUAAAAGAUGUUAGAUCGCAACGAUUAGUUCAACGGAAGUUACAAACAAUCGAAGAUCGAGCAGCUAAAAAGGAGAAAAAGAAAUUAGAAGAUGAAGUGAAAAUUGAUAAAAUGUCCAUAAGAGACAGAAAGAUAGCAUUAAAAAAGACCCAAAGGCAGGAAAUAUAUGCAUUGAAUAAAGUGAUGACUGAUUUAGAAAACCAGAAAUUCAUUGACUUUAUGGAGAGUGUAGAGGGUACCUAGCAUUUUAGCUAGCAAGACACUGAAUUCGUCUUUCAAACAUUGGACCAGAUCAUCUGUUGAACUAAUUUAGAGUGUACUCAAGGACUUUUAUAAAGUGCCUUUUCAACUAGAAGUUCCUAGCAAGUAAAAUUUGAGAAAAUUACAUUUUUAAAAAUAUGUAAAUAACUAUUAAUACUGUUUAAAUGGAGAAAUAGUAGAAGCAUUUAUAAUUCAUAAAGUACAUUUUUCCUUACAAAUGAGAUUAUCAUGAAUUUUUUGUUUAAUAUGAAUCAAAUUGCUGUUGCCUAGUAAACUCAACAAGUAUAUGAACAAACAACAAAAAUAAAAAAGCAAACAAAUUGCAGUUUGUAACAAAAUUUAUUGUAUCACUGUGUAGUGAUCAUUUGUUGUUUCUAUUCAUCUCAUAAAAAAGAAUUUUUAAAAUGAUUUUUUUAA